AUGGGCAGUGACUCUUCCAAGCCAAAAUCGGUGCCACGAACUCCAGUAGAGUGCACGGUUCCCUCAAUUCGUCUUCCUUCGUCUCAAUCGUGCUACGAUGUCACCACUACGAAAGGGAGUCCCGAUGGAUUGAAUCGAUCUCGACCUGGAAGUAGCUGUUCAGUACAAAGCAGACAUCCACUCCCAGCUAGACACCGUAGACUUAUUCAGAGUUGUUUUGCUAAUCCCCAUGAAACGAUUGGUCGGCGAAUUAUGAAACGCGCUGCCGAGGCCAGAGAAGAUUUUGGGAGAUUUUAUCUGAAUCUCGAUUCUGAACAACGCGAUAAUUCAGAAGAGUCGAUUAAAGGAUUACUGAAAAAAGUAGUUCACUGUGUGGAUCUUGUCGAAGAAGUACAAAGAUACUCUGAAGAAUUCGGAUCUCGUUUUGCCGAGUUGCGCCAACUUGGUUUCAAGCCUGACUAUUUUGCCAUCAUUGCUGACGCAACAAUCACGGAGUGCACCCAUCUCGAUAGUGCCGUUCACAAAGCGCACACUACUACUCAUGCAUUCAGUCAAUUUGGAGCAUUGGUAUUUUCUUCCGUGCGCGAUGGCUUCUAUCACGAGAUCAGGAGACGCCGUCGAGCUUCGAAUUCUUUUUCGAUAAGCUCCAAUAAUUCAUCUCUUCGAAGAAAAAAGAGUGGUGAUAGUCGAGCAUCGUCCAGGGGGGGCUCACCGCGUUCAGUCUCACCAGAAAUCGAUAUAAAUGAUGAUUGCUUUGGAAUUGAAUCUGACGGGUUUUUGAAACCACCGACUUCGAUGAAUCUGAUUCAAACGAGAACCUAU